AAACUCCGAUAAUAUAGAUGAUUUAGAGACUAAGUACUUAACCUACCUUCCACACGAUGGUUUCAAUAAUCAAAGAAUUGCAUUGGAAAAUUCAAUAUUCUUGGCAUGGUUUUUAAAUAGAACCCUGUUAAUUCCACCUCUCCUUCUUUUCAGUGGAGGUGCACCAUCUGUAUACCAGCAAUAUGAUAAAUUAUACGAUCUUUUAUCAAAAUCUAUACAACCUAAAAAAAACCAAUUUGAAUUUUGUUCUAAAAGAAAAUGUAAUAGCACUUCAUGUCUUGAGAAAAAUCCAAUGAAAUGCAGAAACGUAACUUAUACCCUAUAUAAUUGGGAAGAAUUAGUCGAUUUUACUUUUUUGAAAAAUAAUAUUAAAUAUAUUCAUCGUCAGGAUUUUAAUUUUAGUUACUUACUGGAAUCAAUUCACAUUUAUAAUAGUACAGAAGUAUAUAACGUGACAAAAGAUGAACAUCGAUAUCAACAACGAUAUUAUGAUGAUGCUACAUCAACAAUAGAACUUGGUAAAUUCAAAGAACGAGUCAAUUUAACCGAUUUAAGCAGAAGAUCCGAAAAAUUAAUACAUUUUGGAAGUAUAUUUUCACCAAAAAGAAUUGUUCGACAAUUACCUGAAAGUAUUGAAUUUUGGAAUAAGCUAAUAAAUCAAAUGUUACCGAACAAUCCAAUUAUAAUUAAUAUAGUCGAUAAAAUUAUUGAUAAAAUUGGAGGAACGAAUAGUUUUAUUGGUGUACAUGCAAGAUUAAAAAAUGGAUUCUUUGUCAAGCGUCGAAAUAAUACUGUACAAAAACUCAUUAAUAGAGUUCAAACAGAUUUUAAAGAUAACAUUUGUUUAACAACAAAAAUAUUUUUAGCAACAGAUUUAAAACAAAACCAUAUUUUUCUUAAACCAUUCUUUCAAACAUUCUCAUGUAUUUAUAUAUUAGAUGAUUUUAUUGACUUUUUAGAACCUUUAAAAGGUUUAAAAAACCUUAGAGAUGGUAUUAUUUUGUAUAAUUUUCUUAUACCGUUAGUAGAUUUAUUUGUAGUAUCAAAAGGUGGUAAAUUCUAUGGGACAGAAAAUAGUACUUUUUCAAGUUAUGCACAACGAUUAAAUGAAGUAUGGAUUAGAUGA